AUGGGUUGGAUCUUCGGUGACUUGCUGUUCAAGAUGGAAGAACCAAAUGGACACAGCAAACAUGUCCGCCACUACCCCGUCGACAUCCCACACGCCACACCCUUCAACCGCUACCACCACAUUGAACUCACAGACUUUGACCUCCUCAUCGCCGACCUGCUCCAAGACUUCAUGAACCCCCCCCAGCAACUGCCUCCCUUUAUGGCAGGCCCCUCACCCCAUCGAUAA